AUGGAGGAUGCCUCGACACAGGCGCCCUUCCAUCGGCUGCCCCCGAAUGUCAUCGAGCUCAUUCUUUAUCUCGCCGAUGCCAAUGCCUUUGCAUCACUAGCUCUGUUGAACAGGCAAUGGAGGCGAGUAUCAGAGUCCCCGUCUCUCUAUGCUUACCAUCUGGCCCAUUGUCCGUCCUUCGCGUGGACAAGAGGGGUUAUCCCUAUCCCCGGGGAGGCAGAUAGUCUGCCAGACCUCAAGCGCCAAUUCCUUGCAAAAGCCAGGCAGAAUGCAUUCGACGUAUUUAUGCGGCCGCGACAGACCCUGGUGCGGCUAAUCUCAAGCUCUAUGAGUUCAUCUACUGCCUUCCCGCAGGGAGAAGUGUUUCGCUUUGCCUUCUCGACUAACGGCCGGUUGGUACUUUGCAUAAGCUCUUCCAGGAUUAUCGUUCUGGACGUGGCUAUGGAUUAUGUAACUGUAAAACAUGAAUUUCAGACCCGUCGUCGACCUAUGGGUGCUACGAUCCAGGACGAUGGCUCCCUUUUGGCGGUUUUGUCUUCCACGCACCGAGUCAAUGUUUAUCGGCUCAACAGCGACGAGGCGAAACAUAUUCAAACAAUCACUUUGAACGAUGCCCCACGCGACUUGACAUUCUCUCCGACUGGGGGUGUGCUAGCUUUAUCCUUUGAAGACUCUAUUGAAGUUCAUGCUAUCGGAGAGGAGACCCUGUCAACCGAACGUCGCGCAGCACGUUGCCCACGUGUCGAUGCACUCUCUUUCUCGUCAGAUGGGUCGACGCUGCUUGGAUCACCCCUUGAUUAUGCAGAGGACGGCACAGUCGCCAUUACGGCCCCAUUUUAUACGGAAUCUGGGACUGACGCUUCGCCGCGAGAGGUCCAGAGGCGUAUGUGGACAACGCAAAUCCUAUUUCCCGAAAUAGCCCAAAAAUUCACGCACGCUUGCUUGAUCGAAAACCAUGAUGAAAUGGACGAUAAUUGGAUCAUAGGAUAUGACAUUCAGCUUGCGGCAUUCAGAACAAUAAGAAUCAACAACAUAAAUUCGGGUUGCGUGUAUUUUGCCAGCCCGUUUCUUCCAGAAGAGACACGCGAAAGAUUACCCACCAUGCUUCCCACAAUUGACGAGACUGGAGAAGUUGUUGCAUUCGGAUUUCAAGAUUCAAAAAUUUGGGUAUAUGGGGUUCCGGGGCGUUUAGAUGCAAGUCAGACAAACGUCACUCCCGGCUCACAAGCAAUAACUGGCACUCAAAUUGGCGGCAACCACCACUACGAAGGGCAAAGAGCGGUUCGAGAUAACCUGGCUCAGCUCGAUAAAAUUGUUCAGCAACCCAAGAUUCUCGUUCGCGGGCGCCAGGUCACCGAGAUGCAUGGAAUCACCACCAUUCGUUGGGUUAGGCCAUUCCAAGUACCCAGCGCAAGGCGGAGACUUGUUGCGGUGGCUCCUGGUGGUGUACGCCCGCAGGCCUUUGGCGAUGAGGAUGUCCCUGUCGAUGGCGGAAGGCUUUUACUCCUGGACUUUGAAAGGUGGACUAUGCAUGGCAAUGACAUCGAGCUUGAUAUUGAAGUUGGCGAAACAGCUGCAAAAACACUUACGGAACCGGAUUCUUCCUUGGACACAGAGGUCGAGCUGGAGAGAAGGAGAACUCGCCUGCGUCGUCCUGAUACCGAGUCGUCGCUUGCUCAUUGGCCAUCAAUGCCUCCUUCUAGAGGGGCCCAGCGCUCUACGAGCCAGGCACAAAUACCACUCCAUCGUCACAAUAGCAUUUUAGCUCCCAUCUCUGGAGAGCCGACAAGCAAUGACGUUGUCGACAUUCCAUAUGACAAUACGCAGCCUCGUUCCCAAGAGACGCUUCACCGCGCUGCCACCGCUACAGCUUCCAUACGGGGGCGCUACGAAGCUCAAUAUCGCAAUGCCCCUGGUCACCGUCAAACACCUCAUGAAAGCGAUGCAGAUAACUGGGUGCCACCACCGCCGCCUUACUCAAAGGACCCGGACGCACCAUUGCCAGAGCAUCUGCAGCAGACACUUCUUCCUGGCGUUCCUGGAGCUCCUGAAAUACCCAGGGAUGCCGCAGCUUCUACCCCAAUCCAAAGGGCUCAAACCACUGUAGCAGGACCAACUUCAGAAGACCACCCUCGGCCUCAAUCGGCCAUCCUUCAAAGACUGGGCACUAUUGCCGGUGCCAGGCUUGCUGGGAGAAAAAGAAGGGGCUCCACAAGCUCCCCCAGGGACCCAACCCAAGAACAAGGCAAUCUCCUAGGAACGAACGCACCCCCGGUUCCUCAUCUCCCCCAGCGAGCCAUCGCUGCGAAUGGCUCCGCCUCAGUGAACCAAUGGCCUCAACGUCCACACACAGCCACAACACCAACUGUCUCCGGCGCCACAGGCCACAACCCAUCAGUCCAACCGUUGCCCACCCUAGCUGUUCACCCAGCCGAAGAUCAGGCCCAGAAUGCCGUAAUGGCAAUGCCAUCCCUAGGAGCAACCAUGCUUGGUGAAGCCUAUCUACCAUACUCAGUCUCAUCCCCAAAUCUCUUGCACAUCCCCGAGCCAUACGGCAACGCUUUGGACGUUGCCGACAAUGACGACGACAUCCCCGCAAGGCAAAGGUCUUUCCGUCGGCGGGUCUCGACGGAGCCAACCAGUUUACCCCCAUCAGAGAAUGAGGAAUGGCGGAGACGCAUUGAAGAUUGGAAUGAACGUACCAUUCAGGAGCGAAGUCGGACAAGAAGAAGCAAAUGCAUUGUCAUGUAG